AAAAAUUGUAUUAUGGAGAGUCUGAGAUCUACCCAAGCAUAGAUUAAAUAAAUUCAAAGCUGACUGUGAAUUAUGUGCUGGCCUUCUCUAGAAUAGGAGACAAUAUGAUUAAGCCACCCGUGUGGCUGUAGUACUUUAAUAUUUCACCUAUUCAUCAUAUAUAGAUUGUUGAGCAAAGAACAAAUAAAUUAUGACAAGUAAACGUGGGCAUGGGAAGGCAGGAAACAUUGAACAAACAUCGGCGACCCUAUAAUUGAGAUCUAAAAUGAAACCACAUGAGUAGGUCCAUGACGUUGAACAGCAUGAGAUUCCUCCUGUCUCAUCUUGUUUCUAUAUAAAUUGGGUUCUAAACAAGGGGUUACCCAUCACUUUGCAAGACUAAUUUGUACAGAAUUUGAGUUAGCCUUUUCCAUCUUGUGGGAAAAAGAAAUGGCUCCUUCUCCUUUUCAUCCUAAAGCUUCACGCCAUGCUCGUUCCAUCAGUUUGCCAUCCAGAACUCAUCCGCUUACUCUUCAAGUUGAGGAGCAAUUGCACAGAUUAAGGGCUUCAGAAGCCACCUCAUCAUCUUUGGCGUCGUCAUCAUCAAUAUCUUACAACUUGGGUGGCCUCAAAGAUUUAUAUGACAACGUCAAUGAUUUCCUUCACUUGCCACAGACACAACAAACAUUAGCCCAAGAACGAAGAGAGAACUGGGUUGAUGAGGUUUUGGAUGGAUCUCUCAGGAUGCUGGAUGUGUGUGGUACAGCAAGGGAUGUUCUUUCACAGAUGAAAGACUGUGUGACAGAGCUUCAAUCUUCCCUCCAUAGAAUAAGAGGGGAAUCUGGCCUAGCAAAUGAAGUUGAAAAGCAGCGUGCAUUCUCCUCCCUCUUAGACAAAAACCACAGCAUUGCUGCCAUGGUUAGUGUGCUAAGAGAAGUGGAAGCAAUCACCCUCUCCAUGUUUGAGUCCCUGCUGUCGUUCCUAUCUGGACCAAAGACGAUGUCAAGGCCUAAUGGUUGGUCUUUGGUUUCCAAAUUGAUUAAUAAGAAAUGUGUGGCAGAAGAUGAGGAAGUGAUGGAGAGAAGUGAAUUUGAGAAGGUGGAUGUCACGUUGGGUGCCUUCAUUGGCCAUCAGACACACAAAGGCUUCGAGUUGAGGCAUGUUGAAGCACAGAAGCUUUUGGAAACAAUGGAGUUGAGCAUCCGGGAUUUUGAGAGUGGACUGGAAUGCAUUUUUCGGAGUUUGAUCAAAACCAGAGUCACCCUCCUCAACAUCCUCAACCAAUAGCAUAAGUUGUCUUCCAUCAGUUCCCACAAUUUUUUUUUUCCUUCUAGGGAAUUGCCUUGGGAUUUCACUUUGUACAUAAAAAAGGAAUACAUAUAUACAGAAUAUUCUGAUUAAACACAUACAUCAGUUCAUAUAAAUAUCAAGAGCAUCUUCACUCUUCAUAUCUCUUGUUUGCUUACUUCUAAAAAUUUGCUUAAAUUACAUAUUCUACCAUUCAACAAUUUAUACUGCUUGAUGUAACA